GUUUUCGGCCGAAUUCACGCACGCUUUAGAGAUAUAGCCCUUUAGAGAUCAGUGAGGUGAGUCGGUUUGACCUUGGUAGAUGUUUACGGUGAGGGAAGGUUGUUAUUGUGCGUGGAGCGGGCAAAGAUUGUCCUCGGCUGAAGGCUAGCCAGAGUCUAACCGCCGAGAUAUUGACCCGAUCUGCUUCACUGAAUCGCUGGCUAUAGCGCUCUACACAUAACAAGUCAACUUUAAGGGCCUCGGCAUAGCGCGGUAGCUUGCACAAGCAGUGAGAGGGAACAACAGGCUUUGACUGCCUAUACAUGAACACCCAGGCAGUUAGUCAGGCCCAAGACGCCCGAGCCAGCAGACACACGUGUGUGAUGGGAAAACACAGUUAAUACGUGGGCUACGAUGGUCCUUAGUAACUCGAUAUCCAGCGAGUUAAUUUCGCAAUUCUAAAUGGAAUGUACGCUCUGUCUGGGGGUUUACAGGUCGACUCGGAUUACGAAUUUCCUUUGAACACAUCAAGCGUGAAACGUACCAAGCCGUGCGUAGCAGAUGUGACUGUGUGUUUGCGAAGGAUUUCUGUCGUACAAGGCGCUCUGUUCGCCUGGGGUACAAUGAACCGAUCUCCACAGUUGCCGAGCUUCACCGUUGACGACCUAACCUUAAUGACACAGCACGAACAACGGAGUGUUUCCACUCAGCUCUGGGCGCAUCUCUAUGUACCGCCUGUUUAGCGUAACCGUCGAGUUUGUUUAUUUGGAUUGUUUACUUGUGUAUGCUCCUACAGGCAGCAAUCAUUCUUCUUGGACAUACAUCGUGUAAACUCAGCUGGCUGGAAACGGAGUUUAGCUACCAUUCCUCGGCUUGUUUUCCAUUUUGUAACAAGUGUCCGAGUGGAUGUCGGAUUACCUUUUGUGCUGAGCAGAAAAAAUGCCUCAUUCACGAGUAGCUGUUCCAUUUAACUGCGGUAUUCAGUGAGCCAGUGUUUUGAAGUUUUGAGCCCACGUGAGUUUCAAACACGGGAUUACCUAUGGCGCUCAGUUUCACACCGCAUCUACGAGGGCUUGUGACGGCUUUGUUUUUAGCCGCUCUGAUAAUAAUGGAGCCAAUGCUGACGACCGGAAUUAAGCUUUAUAAAGAUACCUCUUUCCCGGUGUUUAACAAAGUGAUGGGGCGGAAUAUAACAUGCGAUGCUCACAUUCCUGGAGAAUACCCUGGGCCCACGUGGACCUGCGCAGAUAUGAGGGUUGAUGGUUUGAGAGUAGCAUACGGCUAUCACCCUCGUGUCUCUGUCAGCGGUUUUUGUACAGACACCGGGGGCAGAGAAAACCUGGGUGCUAUAUGCAGGGGAUUGCUGUGGGCAAAUCAAAUCACAAAGACGUUUUGGGCAGCUUCGGUGUCUGAAGCGACCUGCGCCACGACGGAACAAAAGAGAGCGAUAGUGAUAGAAGAAGACCGAGACUUUUAUUGGAAAGACUUUAAAUCAGGUCGAGGCUGGAUGAUAACAAUUCACUGUACCACAAAACCGGAUGAGAAGUAGUCUCGUACAUUCUCGUCUGUCUCGCGUUUAAAUGCUAUCUAUCAUACAGUCUAGUCAGUUCAUCGGGCAGACAAAGCGUCUGAAGUUUCCUAUAACCAGCGGCGAACAGUGGUCCAAAACAAGUCAUUUCGGAUUGGUUCAUAGGUUUUUCGUAGAUUAACAUUGUAAAUGGGAGAACGGAAAAAUGUCCAUAAAUGUAAAGGAUCGCAGAUGCGUUUGACAGCCAGCGACUGCGUUCUUCACACAGCGCGGGCACUCAAGGCUCUAGGCGACACUGCAUUCCAGAAAAGAGUUCUGAAAGAUGGGCACUGCUCCUGUAUAGGUGUGGAACGACGUACUCGAGUCGUCAGCCCUAAGGCGCUCUUUGCAGCUCUGGAUUCUUAAAAGUCGAUGGGUUUUUCUUGCAGAGCUAUUAGUUUUACCGAGGACAUGUUAACAGCCUGACAGGACCACAGACGAAGCUUCAUUAACGGAACACUAACCUCUCCUGGAAGGAUCGAUUUGGAUAUAGGACAAGCUCAUAACUGGGACACAACAGGCGGUCUACAGGCAUUGUCAACCUGGGUGAGAUGCCAAUCUACAAAUUCCGGUCACUUUAAUAUCUAAAUAUUAAUUAGUCACGUGCCGAUGGAGGAGUGACCUUGUGAAACUGUUACCUUGUCUCAACAAAGACAACUAUCCAACAACUUUCCAAGCAAUUCUGUGAUACAAAUCAAACUUCUUUUGCGUAUUCGUGUUCUGACAAUAUGGUACACUCACGACAUAUGAUUUGAAUAUUUCUUUUAGUUCUGUGUCAGCAAAUUUGGAAAAUCCAGUAGCAAAUCCUUUAUAUGGCCAGUUAGGGAAAGAUCACUUGAAAUAGACUUGAUCUUUGCUUCGGCUUUUUGUUUUUGACCACUGUGUUAGUAGGCUGUUAAUUUUUGAGGACAGAAUCUCAACUUAGGCACGCCUCACAAAGUCGCGUUUGUUGAUAAAUGUUGGAGAAUAAGGAAGAUUUAGACUCAACACCAAAUGACAGGAGUGGGAACAUCUAUCGGGCCUUGUCUUUGAUCCUUCAAAUAGGAAAGGCGCGUUUAGCUUCAGAAUCGGAAAUUAGCCGCUUUAUUUCAUUAAGCUUGGUGUCCCUGAUGUUUCUGAUAUAAGGUCUUGUUGAUUUAGCAUUUGCAGUUUAAACCACUGCAUGAUUGAUGACGGCAACAACAUAUUUUUCUGGACACAAAGAUGCCACGUGUAGUUAAGGUAACUUCCUACCUAAACAAGACAAAUAUCUAUAUUGCUGGCUUUUUGCUCAACGGAAUAAAUGUUCACUUUUAAUCGGAUCAUGUUUUGAAUUUGAUUCGACUGCCUGGAUACAAGUUCAGCUCCCUCUUAGCUUCCUGUUGUCACAUAAAAUGAAAAGGAUGCCAGGCACCAAAUCAAUUGUAUAGCUGUUCACUGGCGAUAAGAGGCAGACGAACUUUUGAUAUUUUCUUAGCACUUCGAAAAUCAGUACAUUGAUUGGACAGAAUUGACUGAUAACACCAACAUAGUGCGAGUUGCCAUUAACCGAUGCAAGCCACGGCCAGGUUGAUUCGAGUAGAUUUGGGCAAAUUUGGAAACGGAGGAUAAUCUAUUGCAAGAGUUCAGUGUAUAUUGGCGUAUUCUAUACAAAUUCCCAAGAGCAACAGUGACUUAUCGGGAUAUCAUUUAAAUUCAUAAACCGAAUGACUUGUUUUCUUGAAUGAUAUUAGGUUAAUGAAUGGUGAAAUUGGAGGAAUUCAUGUGAAAAUGCUUGUGAGCGAAGCGAAAGUCAUUAUGAUGUUAUCGCAAAACUGCCUGGUGAUGUACUGGAAUAUGCUCAAGAUUUGUUUAACAUUUACGUUUUGUCAUGAAAUUUAUUAAUAUAUUCACAUCUCAUUAGUGUCCUUUGAUAUGAUCGAGUCCUGCCAUCGAUCGAGGUGAGAGAUUAUGUCGGUCGUGUCCGCUGAGGGCCACAGUGGUGGGGGAAAUGUCUGUUACAAAUGUGUGUCAUCUCCACUUUUGAAUAAGUCAUUGACAAUUCUUAUGCCAUGGUUGGUUGUUAUACACAUUAUUUUAUCACCUCAGUAUAAUUUUAAAUUCUAAAACGAGGUGAUAAUGGACGUGUUUUAAGUAUUUUGUCAGUUUACAUGAGUUAUAUGGUACUCAUUACGUGGGUGAAAAUGGCAUGGCAAAGUUGUUUCAAAUUAUGAAUAUUUGUUGAUAUAUGUUGAAAUCAGUGUUUGUACUGUGACAUAAUUUCCUUUUUCAUUACCAGCCACCUACCUUAAACACUUUAUUUCAUGUAUUCACCCUGAUUUUGAGGUUAACAUAUAAUGAUAUAUUGCCUGACUAUUACCUGGCAUGUUUGUUGGUGAACGGAAAUGUUACUAAAAAUAGUUCGUAAUACAAAGGUCAUGUUUAAAUGAACACUGAAAUGCAAUAACUGUCUUUCCUCUGAGUACCCUGCGUGCACCCUGCCAAUGCCUUAAUAGACUGUUAAUUUCCCUAGUAUGUGUUUUAAUACGUGUUCAGUCUUGGCCUGCUUUCUCUAUCAUAAAAACGCCAUAUUGCGUGACACUGCUCACUGUUCGUUUGGACGAGACAAUGUUGUUUUCACGUAGUUUAUCAAAGGUAGCCUAUGUCGGAUUAUUGUUAAUACAUGUAGUUAUCUUGGCCUGACAGUCUGUCCCAUGUUCACAACUUCGGUUACUGAGAUUCUCUUUGCAUUGAACUUCGUUGGCUGGGUACUAUUGUGCUCGAGACUUUUGAGCAUUUGCGUUUUUGUAGCGUUCAGUAACAAGGACAUUCUCUGAUUUAUUCUUGCCGAAAUGUGAUUUAAUUUUUAAUUAAUUAAAGAUUGAAUAUAUUUUAUAUGUAGUGAAGUUGAUUAAGUUUGUGUCCGUGUAACGUAGGUCGCAGGGGCGAAGUUGUUCAUUUAUUUAUACUUGGUAUCUGUUUCUAGAUCUGAUCCCGUGAAAUUAUCACGUGACGCAAAAUAACAAUGUGGAUGACAUAUGCAAUCUACGUCUUGUUCGUCUUACUAUUUAUAUAAACAAGAAAUAUUCCGAUGUACUUUUGCUCAAGGUGAUUACGUCAGAAGAGAACGAUUAUAACUGUGUUUUUAAUUAAUAAAUGGAGGUUU